AAAUACUAGAUAGGAAAUGGGUGUUUGAAAAUAAAUGAAUUGCUAGUCGUAGAAUAUUAUUCUAGUCAGAUUUAAACCUAACUAAAAAAAAAAAAGAGUUUGUACAAAUUUGCCCCUUUUCGCCUAACUUAAGGUUAAGUAAAGGAACACAACACAAGGAAAAGGAAAAAGGCUUUGAUUUGGAGAUUUUUCUCCCAUUCAUGAAUCAUAGAUGAUAAGUAGAGAUGUUUUCAGUUCCCAUCGUCCAGUAUUUUCUGUAUCACAAACAUUCGAAAUAGAGAAUCUAUAUCAAAGAAAGGUUUAACUCUUUUGGAACUUAAUUUCAAAGUCAUAUCUUGACUUGGACGUUUUUGAGCUGCCCCUAAUAACCAACGAAUGGCAAGUACUUUUCCUUAUGUGGAUCCUAUUUCAGUGGGAACUUGCCAAGUCAAUCUGCUUACACGUCUUGCUUUUACUGCUAUAUCGGGAGUUACUCGACGUAUUGCUUGACGUAAAACAAAUAGGGGAUUUGUUUCUUUCUUUUGUUGAAUCUUUUUCAAGGCUCGAUAGAGAAUUUGAUAAGCCAAUGAUUUUUUUUCGUGUUUCAGAAUACGAUUAACCAACAUGAAUUAGUGGAUGCUACCAAAGGGAGUGGCACUGCCAUACACAAAAAGGAAGAGACUCAUAGAAUGGCAGAGGCAAAUAGAGCUUUUGCACAUUU